UGCACUGUGGGAGCCUCGUGCGCGCGGGUUGCCUCCUCCGGGGCGAUGCUGACCUCGCGCACCUUCCUGAAGCGGACCCGCGCGGGCGCCGUGCGCAAGAUCGUGAGGGAGCACUACCUGCGCGACGACAUCGCCUGCGGGGUGGCCGCCUGCCGGCUCUGCGGGGAGCGCGAGGGAGAGGGCCGGCCCUGCCUGGAAGCCUCCCCCGGCCGCGCCGCCAGCAGCCUCUGCCCCCAGCGCCACUUCCUCCUGCCCGACACCAACCUCCUCCUGCACCAGAUUGAUAUACUUGAGGAUCCUGUUAUUAGAAAUGUGAUUAUUCUUCAGACAGUUUUGCAAGAAGUAAGGAGUCGGAGCGCGCCCGUAUAUAAGCGAAUAAAAGACGUGAUUACUAACAAAGAGAAACAUUUUUUUUCAUUCACUAAUGAGCAUCAUAAGGACACAUAUAUAGAACAAGAACAAGGCGAAAACCCCAAUGACCGCAAUGACCGUGCCAUCAGAGUGGCAGUGAAAUGGUACAACGAACACUUGCAGAAGUUGCAAACGGAAGAGAAAAUACAAGUUAUCUUGCUCACAAAUGACAGAAAAAAUAAAGAGAGAGCUGUGGAAGAGGGAAUCACUGCCUAUACAUGUGAGGAAUAUAUAAAGAGCUUGAUAGGGAAUCCAGAACUUGUGGAUCGACUUGCUUCCUUAAACGAUGAAGGGAAUGAAAUAGAAACUGGCCGGAUCAUCUUCGUGGAGCAUCUUCCCCUCAGCAAAUUGCAGCAAGGAAUUAAGUCCAACCUGUAUCUUCAGGGAACCUUCCGCGCCAACAGGGAUAAUUACCUGGAAGCCACUGUUUGGGUUCACGGAGACAGAGAAGAGAGAGAGAUAAUAAUACAAGGGCUUAGAAACUUAAACCGAGCUGUGCACGAAGACAUUGUUGCAGUGGAACUCAUGCCAAAAGAUGCCUGGGUCACACCCUCCUCUAUGGUUUUGCAUGAUGACGAGAAUCCAAAUGAAGAUGAUGUGGAGCAGGAAGAGGAGAAAGAAAACAGUCUGAAAAGUUCUGCAAGCAACAGAAUGUUGCGACCCACCGGCAGAGUUGUGGGCAUCAUCAAGCGGAACUGGAGGCCGUUCUGUGGCAUGCUUUCUAAAUCGCAGAUAAAAGAGGCAAGGCGGCAUUUAUUCACCCCAGCUGAUCGCAGGAUCCCUCGAAUCCGAAUAGAGACAAGGCAGGCUGCGACUCUGGAGGGACAGCGCAUCAUUGUCGCGAUUGACGGCUGGCCUAGGAAUUCACGGUACCCUAAUGGCCACUUUGUAAAGAAUUUAGGAGCUGCCGGAGAUAAGGAAACGGAGACCGAAGUCCUGUUGCUGGAACACGAUGUGCCUCACCAGCCCUUCUCCCAAGCUGUCCUCAGCUUCCUCCCCCAAAUGCCAUGGAGCAUCACCGAGAAGGAUAUGAAAUGCAGAGAGGACUUGAGGCACCUGUGCGUGUGCAGCGUCGAUCCUCCUGGCUGCACCGAUAUCGAUGACGCCUUGCACUGCAGAGAGCUGGAAAAUGGAACCCUAGAGGUUGGUGUGCACAUCGCAGAUGUCAGCCAUUUCAUUCGACCAGGAAAUGCGCUGGACCAAGAAUCUGCAAAAAGGGGUACCACUGUGUAUCUGUGCGAAAAAAGGAUUGACAUGGUUCCGGAGUUGCUGAGUUCCAAUUUGUGCUCUCUGAGAUCCAAUGUUGACAGGCUUGCGUUUUCAUGUAUCUGGGAAAUGACUCCCAAUGCUGAAAUCCUGAAAACCAGAUUUACGAAGAGUGUUAUUAAUUCCAAGGCUUCUCUUACGUACGCUGAGGCACAAAUGAAGAUCGAUUCUGCCAACAUGAACGAUGACAUCACGAUUAGUUUACGUGGACUCAAUAAGCUGGCUAAAAUUCUUAAGAAGCGCCGAAUAGAUAAUGGGGCUUUAACUCUUUCUUCACCUGAAGUUCGCUUCCACAUGGACAGCGAAACCCACGACCCUAUUGAUUUACAGACAAAGGAGCUCAAGGAAACCAACUCCAUGGUCGAAGAGUUCAUGCUGCUCGCCAACGUCUCCGUUGCUCAAAAGAUCUACGAGGAGUUCUCUGAGCACGCCUUGCUGAGGAAGCACCCGGCUCCUCCCCCCUCCAAUUACGACAUCCUGGUGAAGGCAGCCAAGUCGAAGGGCUUAGAAAUCAGAACUGAUUCCGCAAAAGCUCUGGCCGAUUCCUUGGACAGCGCCGAAUCUCCUUCUUUCCCCUACCUGAACACAUUGCUGCGUAUCUUGGCCACUCGCUGCAUGAUGCAGGCCGUGUACUUCUGCUCGGGCAUGGAUAACGACUUCCACCACUAUGGUUUGGCCUCCCCUAUUUAUACACAUUUUACUUCACCGAUCAGAAGAUAUGCCGAUAUCAUAGUGCAUCGACUGCUGGCUGUGGCCAUCGGGGCAGACUGCACCUACCCGGACCUCACUGACAAGCACAAGCUGGCCGAACUGUGCAACAAUCUCAACUACAGGCAUAAAAUGGCUCAGUACGCGCAGAGGGCAUCAGUUGCCUUUCACACCCAGUUGUUUUUCAAGAACAAAGGCGUAGUGAACGAAGAUGCCUACAUCCUGUUCGUACGGAAGAAUGCCAUUGUGGUUCUGAUCCCCAAAUAUGGCUUAGAAGGCACGGUCUUCUUUGAAGAAAAGGAUAAGCCAAACCCAGCACUUCUGUACAACGAUGAGAUUCCAUCUCUUGCUGUGGAAGGCACCGCCUUCUGUACCUUUGACAAAGUGAAAGUGAACAUCAUGUUAGACGCAUCCAAUGUUCAACACCAGAAGAUCCGCAUGGCCCUCGUGGAGCCAAAGAUAUCCAGCAAUAAUGUUCCCAGCCAAGCCACACAAAUGAGCAGUAAUAAGGAACCUGAGAAGAAGAAGAAGAAACUGGGCAAAUAGCUUCAUUUCAAGAAAUGACCAUACUCAACUACGAAAUAAAUUACAUUGGAGAUUAAUUGUAUAUGGGAUUUUAUACAGUUUUAGAGCUUAUUUUCAUAGAUUGUUACAUGUGAUUUGUAACUUUAUUUAAAUGUUUUUUUUUGUAUUCAUGCUAAAAUGUAAUUUUUUAAACAUUUAUGUAAUGUCGUCACUUACAAAACGCAGACCACCUUCCAGGAAUCCCUGGACAUCUGUACAGAGCAAGAAUUGAUAAAGAAUUGUUUGUCCUUAA